GUGGAGCCUGCCGUGCCAGCCGGCCCCGAGAGGCCCGCCUCGGGCCCGGCCCGUGCAGCCCGCGGCCCAUGGUGCUGCCCACCUGCCCCAUGGCGGAGUUCGCGCUGCCGCGACACAGCGCGGUCAUGGAGCGCCUCCGCCGGCGCAUCGAGCUGUGCCGGCGCCACCACAGCACCUGCGAGGCCCGCUAUGAGGCCGUAUCGCCCGAGCGCCUGGAGCUCGAGCGCCAGCACACCUUCGCCCUCCACCAGCGCUGCAUCCAGGCCAAGGCCAAGCGCGCCGGCAAGCACCGGCAGCCGCCUGCCCCGGCCCCAGCUCAGGCCCCGGCCCCGGCGCCCGCCCCGGCCCCCCGCCUCGACGCCGCCGAUGGCCCAGAGCACGGCCUCCCGGUCGCGCAUCUCCAUGAUACAGUGAAGAGGAAUCUCGAUAGUGCCACAUCCCCUCAGAAUGGUGAUCAGCAGAAUGGCUAUGGAGACUUCUUUCCUGGGCAUAAGAAGACCCGCCGGGAGGCCCCUCUGGGAGUUGCCGUCUCUUCCAAUGGCCUGCCUCCAGCCUCCCCCCUUGGUCAGCCUGACAAGCCUGGCACAGAGGCCCUACAGGCCAGCGGGAAGCACUCACUGGGGCUGGACUCCAUCAACAAGAAGCGUCUGGCAGACUCAAGCCUCCACUUGAAUGGAGGCAGCAACCCCAGUGAGUCAUUUCCCCUGAGCCUGAAUAAAGAACUGAAGCAGGAGCCCGUGGACGACCUGCCUUGCAUGAUCACAGGGGCCGGAGGCUCCAUAUCUCAAAGCAACCUCAUGCCUGACCUCAACCUUAAUGAGCAGGAGUGGAAGGAGCUCAUCGAGGAGCUGAACAGGUCAGUGCCUGAUGAAGACAUGAAGGAUCUAUUUAAUGAGGACUUUGAAGAGAAGAAGGAUCCAGAGUCUUCUGGUUCUGCCACACAGACCCCCUUGGCACAGGACAUUAAUAUUAAAACAGAAUUCUCUCCAGCAGCCUUUGAACAAGAACAGUUAGGCUCUCCACAAGUGAGGGCUGGGUCUGCAGGACAGACCUUUAUGGGGCCUUCAUCUGGCCCUGUGAGCACAGAUUCACCCAGCCUAGGGGGCUCUCAGCCCCUGUUCCACACCUCUGGUCAGCCUGGGGUGGACAAUCCCAGUCCCAACCUGAUGUCAGCAUCAGCCCAAGCCCAGAAUGCACAAAGAGCCCUCUCCAGUGUGGUGUUGCCUAGCCAGGGCCCAGGCGGGAGCUCAGAGCUGUCCUCUGCCCACCAACUCCAGCAGAUCGCUGCCAAGCAGAAGCGUGAGCAGAUGCUCCAGAACCCACAGCAGGCUGCCCCAGCACCAGCUCCAGGCCAGAUGUCCACGUGGCAGCAGACAGGCCCCUCCCACAGUCCCUUAAAUGUCCCUUAUUCCAUGGAAAAACCUGCCAGCCCUCCCGGUUACAAGCAAGACUUCACUAGCUCCAAACUGCUCAUGAUACCCAGUGUGAACAAGAGCUCCCCUCGUCCAGGAGGCCCCUACCUCCAGCCCAGCCAUGUGAACCUGCUGAGUCACCAGCCAUCAAGUAACUUGAAUCAGAAUCCCGUGGCUAACCAAGGAUCCGUGCUGGACUACGGCAACACCAAACCCCUUUCUCACUACAAAGCAGACUGUGGGCAAGGCGGCCCUGGGGCUGGCCAGAGCAAGCCGGCCCUGAUGGCUUAUCUUCCCCAGCAGCUGUCUCAUCUGAACAACGAGCAGAACUCCUUAUUUCUAAUGAAACCAAAGCCAGGAAAUUUGCCCUUCCGAUCACUGGUUCCACCUAGCCAGGACCAGAACCCUCCCAGCGUCCCUGUACCAACCCAGGCUGCCAGUGUGGGGACUCAGCCACCGGCCGUGUCCGUGGCCAGCACUCACAGUAGCACCUCCUUUCUCAGUAACCAGCAGCAGGCAGCUGUAAUGAAGCAGCAUCAGUUGCUUUUGGACCAACAGAAACAGAGGGAGCAGCAACAAAAGCAUUUGCAACAACAACAGUUUUUGCAAAGGCAACAGCACCUUCUGGCAGAACAGGAGAAGCAACAGUUUCAGCGCCAUCUGACCCGCCCGCCACCCCAGUACCAAGACCCAACACAGAGCACCUUCCCACAGCAGGUUGGACAGUUCACAGGGUCCUCUUCUGCCAUGCCUGGCAUGAACAACUUGGGUCCAUCUAACUCCAGCUGUCCUCGAGUGUUCCCUCAGGCCGGGAAUCUGAUGCCAAUGGGUCCUGGACACACUUCGGUUUCCUCUCUCCCUUCAAGCUCAGGCCAGCAGGACCGGGGUGUGGCUCAGUUCACUGGCUCGCAAAGCAUGCCACAGGGCAGCCUCUAUGGCAUGGCUUCUGGUAUGACCCAGAGAGUUGCCCAGCCCCCACCACAGGCCACCAAUGGACAUGCCCACAUUCCACGGCAGACUGGUGUGGGCCCGAACACCUCGGUUUCAGCUGCCUAUGGGCAGAACUCUCUGGGGAACUCGGGUAUCUCCCAACAGCACAAUAAGGGGACCCUGAACUCUGGUUUAACUAAGCCACAGGUCCCAAGGGUAUCGGCAGCCAUGGGAGGCCAGAAUUCCACAUGGCAACAUCAGGGAAUGCCGGACCUGAGUGGCCAGACCCCAGGAACAAGUGUAAGCCCCUUCACUGCAGCUUCCAGUUUCCACAUGCAGCAGGCCCACCUGAAAAUGUCCAGCCCGCAGUUCUCCCAGGCGAUGCCCAGCAGGCCUAUGGCCCCCAUGAGCUCAGCAGCUGCAGCAGGGUCCAUGCUGCCCCCUGUGAGCACACAGCAGAGGACCAGUGCCCCUGCCCCAGCACCUCCCCAGGGAGCCCCACAGCAGGGCUUGCCGGGUCUGAGCCCAGCUGGGCCUGAGCUGGGGGCCUUCAGCCAGAGCCCCGCCCCAACAGUGGGUGGCCGGGCAGGGCUACACUGCGCCCAAGCCUACCCUGUGCGGACCGCAGGCCAAGAACUGCCCUUUGCCUACAGUGGGCAGCCAGGUAGCAGCGGGCUGGCCAGCAUGGCCGGAGACGCCGACCUGAUCGACUCCCUGCUGAAGAACAGGACUUCGGAGGAGUGGAUGAAUGAUUUGGACGACCUUCUAGGGCCUCAGUAA